GGCAGUGUAAAUUGAUUGGCGGCUAGGAAAACUAUUUUAAGUAAAACCGGCACGGAUAUUUUCUAGUUUUAUUUUUAUUUACGAAUGUAAACAAAACUUUCGCGUGAAGUAAAUAUCAAGAAUUACAAAAGCAGUUAAUAACUCCUAACUUAAACAAAAUGCCUAAUCAUUCAGGAUUUCGCCAAAACCGAAAACCACAAAAACCCAAGGAAAAGCCUACAAUUGAUGAAAACAAUCCAGUACUAAAAGCUUUCAAGUCAUACGCUGCUGAACUAGACGAUAAACAUGAUCGUUACGAGCGCAUAGUUAAGCUCAGUCGUGAUAUUACCAUUGAAUCAAAGCGUAUUAUAUUUUCUUUACAUUCCAUUGAUAGCCGUAAAGGAAAUAAAGAAAAAGUAUUGGAAGAGGCUCAACAACGUCUUGAAAAACUAAUUGAAAAUAAUUUUAAAGCAGUUGCUAAGGAAUUAAAGGAUCAAGAUCCAUAUCAUUAUCGUGGCGCUUACUCUCCAGGGCUGCAGGAAUUCAUAGAAGCAUAUACUUUUAUGGAGUAUAUGAAAUAUGCUGACGAAGCCCAGGCAAACGGGAAUAAUGUGGAGAAAUCAGUUUCAGAUUGGAUAGACUUGCAAAAGCAAAUGCACUACACUGAUUUGCAACAAUCCGAAGAAAAUGAAAAGGUGGAUAAUGAAGAAAACGGUCAAAAAGGAUAUUCGUUUUUCGUCGAUCCUACUGAGUAUAUACUGGGGGUAUCUGAUCUUACUGGUGAGUUAAUGCGUCGUUGCAUUAAUUCUUUGGGUAGUGGUGAAACGGAUACUUGCCUAUCUACAUGUAAAGUAUUGCAACAGUUUUAUACUGGCUAUAUAAGUCUAAAUGUCCAUAGAUGUCGUGAGCUAUCACGCAAGAUAUAUACCAUGCGUCAGAGUGUAUUAAAAUCAGAAAACGUUUGCUACAAUGUUAAAGUUCGCGGUGGCGAAGCUGCUAAAUGGGGAUCAGUAUUUGAUAAUAAACCUGGAGAUGAUAUAGAUGAAGGAUUUUAUUAAAAUAAUACAUGUUCACAUUUUCUUUUUACCAAUCAAACAAUGGAAUAAUAAAAUAAUAAACCUGGA